UUAUGACGAGUCGUGAGAUAUUUGGCUCUCGGCUGUCUGUCUCUUGUGGCCGCCGGGGGGGCUGAGCUCGUCGAGUAGGACUUUGCAGUAGUAGACCUGGAACUCAUGGGUGUGGGUGCUAAUGAUGUGGAUGUAUUCACCUGAGACCACAUACACACGCACACAAGUAAGAAGAGAAAUCCCGAACGUGAGCGACUUUCCAUUCUUUAAUUAAUGCAUACCCGAGCCAUUAAGGAAGUUCUCGACCUCAAACCUCGUGUGGGCCAAUGCUAACUUAUCAAACACCUCCUGCCGCACACACACAUCACCAUCAAGGAAGGGAAUGGAUGCAAUGAGGAAUGCAUCUGUCUGUCUGAUGUCGAGGAAUGCAUCCGCCUGCCCUUGCGUGGCUAUUCUGCCCCUGGCCUGCAUGCAUGGCCUCCCUCGAUGCCUCCCUCAUCUCAUUAAUCGUGUUGUGUCGCGUCGUGCUGUUCACCUCAGCUAGUCGGCUGACUACCUCGACGCCCUGAUGCAUUCAUUCAUUAAUGCGCACACCCAGACACACAGAGGGACCGACCGGCAUUCACAUUGAUGGUCGUUUGUUUUUCGUCGGCUCUCCGUUGUCUGUGUCCUGUGUGUGCCGGGCGGGUUGAGCUCGUCGAUUAAGACUUUGCAGCAGUAGACCUGGACCUCAUGGGUGUGGGUACGGAUCACGUUGAUGUAUUCACCUGAGACCACAUACGCACACAAGUAAGAAGAGAAAUCCCCAAUGUGAGCGACUUAAUGCAUACCCGAGCCAUUCAUGAAGUUUUCCAUCUCGAACUGCGCGGUGGCCUCCGCCAACUUCUCGAAAAGGUCCUGCCGCACACACACAUCACCAUCAAGGAAGGGAAUGCACGCAAUGCACCCAUACUCGUUUUCUCCAUCCAGGCAAUGAGGAAUGCAUCUGUCUGUCUGAUGUCGAGGAAUGUUGGAGGAAUGCAUCGCUCUCGUCGCCACAAAGGCACUCUUUCUUGCUAUUCUACCGCUGGCAUCGCCCUCUGCCCUCCAUGCUCCCGUCCUUCGUGUGUCGUGCUCACCACGUCGCUAUCGUCUGCCUUGGUGGCCAUGUGGUCGGGGCUUACAGCGACGGCCAUCUGGCUGGCCGUCCCUCCCGCCCACAU